CAGUUCAGUUCCAGCUGUUCUACUGUACGGUUCUCUUGAAAGUCGUUACUUUUUUUUAUCAUAAAGCUGACACCACCAAGUUAUCCGAUCUGGCUUUUCUCCGAAAAUUUUCGGCAUCUGCGAAGAUGUCGUUGCCACGCGUUUACUUCGAUAUAGCCGCAGGAGGUGAGAAGUUAGGUAGAAUUGUGAUGGAACUACGUUCGGAUGUGGUGCCCAAGACGGCGGAGAAUUUCCGGGCCCUCUGCACCGGAGAGAAGGGGUACGGCUACAAGGGAUCACCAUUCCACCGCGUCAUCCCGAAUUUCAUGUGUCAGGGCGGUGAUUUCACUAAUCAAAACGGAACUGGAGGACGCUCCAUUUAUGGAAACAAGUUUCCCGAUGAGAAUUUCGAGCUAAAGCAUACCGGAGCUGGUGUACUUUCGAUGGCCAAUGCUGGGGCCAAUACCAAUGGAUCUCAGUUUUUCAUUUGCACCGGGAAAACCACAUGGCUGGAUAAUAAGCAUGUCGUGUUCGGCAAGGUCGUUGAGGGAAUGGAUAUCGUCCAGAAGGUAGAAUCUUACGGUUCACAAGAUGGGAAGACCAGCAAGAAAGUAAUUAUCGAAGACUGCGGAGCCCUCUGAAGGGUGUCAAUACAUAAUAGUGCUGUCAAUCACACAUUUACACUAUUACACUGAAAUUAUACUUUUCAAGAAAACUUUGCAAAAUAAAAGGGGGUGC